UGCGCACACGUGGCCCCUCCUCCGUGGGCUGCGGGCGCUGCGGGAGCGCGAGCGGCACCGGCGGCGGCACCGGCACCAUGGGCGUCCAUGUGGAGACCAUCGCCCCCGGCGACGGGCGGACGUUCCCCAAGCGCGGCCAGACCUGCGUGGUGCACUACACGGGGAUGCUGGAGGACGGCAAGAAGUUCGACUCCUCCCGCGACAGGAACAAACCCUUCAAGUUCGUGAUGGGCAAGCAGGAGGUGAUCCGCGGCUGGGAGGAAGGAGUCGCGCAGAUGAGCGUUGGUCAGAGGGCCAAGAUGACCAUCUCCCCAGACUACGCCUACGGCUCCACCGGCCACCCCGGCAUCAUCCCGCCAAACGCCACUCUAAUUUUUGACGUGGAGCUCAUGAAAUUGGAAUGACCUUCCCCGCCCCGCCGUCCUUGGGUUUGGCACAUGGAGGAGUCCAGAAUCUCAGCUUCAAGAAGAAUGCACAUGACUUUGUACGGAGCUUACCCCGAUAUUCCACUACACUCAUUGUAUAACCUUACACCUUGAUUGAAUGCCUUUGGUCACUAAGCUUUGCGUCCGACUCUUCCUCCUCGUAUCGUGUUUUUACGUCUUUUUAAACUCUACGCCGUAAACCUCAACUCUUUUGGGUCAAAUUCUUACUCUUAUUUUUGUUCCAGGUGUAGCCUACGUUUURCCAGUAGUAUGCAGGUGGCCUGACCUUAGAUAGGAGUCGUGUGAACAAAAGGAAACCUGCUAGUUCAUUGUUUUUGGUGCCGACCUCUGUGGUGUAUUAAAACCAUAAAUUGCUGCUGCUGCAAAAGCCAUAGCAGAGUGAGGCUGUUGAGGCCGACGGGGUGCG